AUGCCAAAAGUUGCCAACUUCAUAUUCAAGAGCGCCUUCCCAGGCCUUGAAGAGCUGUCUUCACGCUCUCCCAACAUUUACAAUCACCAGUGCAUGCUAACGGAGAUCCAAAACAUCUUUGUCGACGAGAGCAACACUCGGCUCACAGUCUGCGACAGUGAAGGCCACGAGAUAUGCAGUUUAUCAGGGGCUCAGUUAAAAACAACAUUGACAACUCCCUCAGAUCCGGCCAUACCAUCGCCAUCUUGUAUCUUUUCUGCAAUCAUACAGCUGAACUCUCAAGGAUAA